AUGAACGCUCAGUUCGCUGAGUUCAACUCUGUCUACGCCAAGUACUUCAACGAGCACAAGCCUGCUAGAUCUUGUGUCGCUGUCAAGGAAUUGCCAUUGGGAGUUGCUUUGGAAAUGGAGGUUGUUGCUGUUGAGCAAGACUCCAACAAGUUGUAA